AUGGAUUACGACAUUGCAGUGUUCAUUACAGCUUUCCUACUCUGGGCAUUCUGCGCCGCCGCCACGGAGGCAAGGCGGCGGCAGCGGCGGAGCCAGAAGCCGCGGUUGCCGCCGGGACCUCAGCCGUGGCCGGUGGUCGGCAACAUCUUCCACCUGAUGAACACCUCCCAACCGCCGCAUCAAUCACUCGCCAAGCUCGCCGACACCUACGGCCCCGUCAUGACUCUCCGGCUCGGCUCCCUGACGACGGCGGUGAUCUCCUCCGGCGCGGCGGCCGACGCCGUCUUCCGCCAAAACGACGUCGCCCUGGCGGGGCGGAUGAUCUACGAAUCCAUGAAAGGCGACGUCGCCGGCGACGGCUCCCUCAUCAGCGCGCAGUACGGCCCGCGUUGGCGGAUGCUCCGGCGGCUCUGCACCUCGGAGUUCUUCUCCGCCGCCGCGAUCGACGCCACGCGCGGCGCACGUGCCGCCUGCGUCGAGAAGAUGACGCGGCGGAUACACGACGGCGCGUCGCAGCCACUCGAACUCGGCGAAUUGUUCUUCUCCAUGGCCUUCGACCUGAUCGGAAUUUUGUUUUUUUCCAGGGACAUGUUAGAUCCGAAUUCCGGCGCCGGCGCCGAGUUCUUCUCUGUUACGAAAAAGUUCAUGGAGUUCGCCGGACGGCCGAACGUUGCAGAUUUUUUUCCGAUUCUGAGACGGUUGGAUCCGCAGGGAGUGAGGAAGACGACUCAGCUGUAUGUGAAGCGAGGUUUCGACAUUGUCGGAAAGUUUUUGGAGCGGCGGAGCGCCGCCGCCAGAGAGUCGAAUGUUAGAAAUUAUAGGCGGAGAAAAGAUUACGUGGACGUACUGUUGAAGUAUAAAGAAGAUGGACUUCUCUCUGCAACCGCUGUCAACGUUAUUGUCUUUGAGAUGUUCGCGGCGGGGACCGACACGACGACGAGCACACUAGAGUGGGCAAUGGCGGAACUCCUCCGCAACCGAGAAAUCCUCCGGCGAGUCCAGGCGGAGCUCCGGUCAGAAACCGACCCCCAAAAAAGCCUCGAAGAAGACGACCUCGACCGCCUCCCCUAUCUCCGAGCAGUCAUCAAAGAAACUCUCCGGCUGCACCCGCCGCUGCCGUUCCUCGUGCCGCGGCGGGCGGCGGCGCCGUGCAGACUGCGGGGGUUCGACAUCCCGGAGGGAACUCAGGUGCUUGUCAAUGCUUGGGCGAUCGGAAGGGACGCCGGCGCUUGGGAAGAGCCGAUGAAAUUCCGGCCGGAGAGAUUUCUGACGGCCGGCGCGGCGGAUUACAGAGGCCGGAGUUUUGAGCUGAUACCUUUCGGCGCCGGAAGGAGGAUUUGCCCCGCCAUGCCGCUGGCGUUGCGGGUGGUUCCGAUGGCGUUGGGAGCGGUUCUCCGGUCGUUUGAUUGGUUGGCGCCGCCACCGGCGGAGAUUGAUAUGGAGGAAUCGAUGGGAAUUACGCUUAGGAAAGCUGUUCCUUUGAAGGCUAUUCCACUUUUGUAUAAUUAA